AUGGCGUCCACGACGGCCGACGACGCGGGGGCGGGGCGGCGCAAGGCGGGCACGCCGCCGGCCCUGCCGCCGCCCCCGGCGGAGCAGGCCGUGAGGUGCCCGCGCUGCGACUCGCCCAACACCAAGUUCUGCUACUACAACAACUACAGCCUGUCGCAGCCGCGCCACUUCUGCAAGACCUGCCGCCGGUACUGGACCAAGGGCGGCGCGCUCCGCAGCGUCCCCGUCGGCGGCGGCUGCCGCAAGAACAAGCGCUCCCGCUCCGCCUCCUCCGCCUCCCGCGGCCUCUCCCUCACCACCCCGGCCGGGGGCGCCGCCGACCAGGACCAGCACGCCGCGAGGAUGGGCGUGGGCGGGUUUCCUGGUGGCGGCGGCGACUUCCGCGGCGUGGUCGGCAUGCUGCCGGUGCUCCACUCCCCGGCCGUCGUCGGCCAGUACGUGCCGUUCGGGGACUGGUCCUCGGGGGAAACCAACGGCGGUGGCGCCGCACGCCACGCAACCAACGGAUCAGGAGGAGCCGGGAACGGAGCGGCGAGCAGCGCCAUCGCGUCGUCCAUCGAGUCGCUCAGCUUCAUCAACCAGGACCUCCACUGGAAGCUGCAGCAGCAGCGGGUCGCCACCAUGUUCCUCGGCCCGCCUAGCGCCUCCUCCUCCUCCCACCCCCACGCCGUCGGUGGUGGCAGCAAUGGCAUGCCAGCCGCCGCGCAGUUCGGGGGAGGCGGCACCUUCCUGCAGAUGGCGGGGCUAUCCGGCUGCAUGGAGACGCUGCCGGCGGCCACGACGUGGUUCAUGGAUAACUCCUACGCGCUGCCUUCCCCGCCCCGACCCGCUGCCGGCGUGGGCGCCGCCAGUAGCAACAUCAACAGCAGCCGGAGUAGCGGCGGCGGCGGGGACGAUAACGCCACGUCGAACGACAACAACAACUGCGGCGGCUCGAUCCCGUCCUGGGGCGACAUUUCGACGUUCGCAAUGCUGCCGUAG